AUGACGGGCAAUACCCGAUCGCGCGACUUUGGCAAUGGCCUCUCGCUCAACGGCACAGACGCCGACCGCACAUCACACUCAUCCCCAUGGGGUAACAGCAUCUGGAAUGCCCCGAUUGGUGCUGGUGCCUUCCCCUUCGGCUCCGCGGGCAGAGACACCUCGCGCCCUCUAGAUAACGCUGCCCUCGCCAACGGCAAGACAGGCUCAGGCUCCCUCGUGGCCAACUCGGACACCGAGUGGAGGCCAAGCGCUAGGCAAGCCUGGAGCGAGAAGCCAGCCGGAAGCAUGUCACAAGCCAGAAGCUCCGCUGUCUCGCCGGCAGGGAAGCGGCCAAUUGCGCAGGCGCAGCCAGGCCAGCCCUAUGCUGAUAACACCUCGUCUGGUCUAUUUGGUGCAUCUCGAGGCUCCCUCUCCAAACCCAUCAAGCCCUUUUCAGAAACUGCAAAUGCAAACUUUGCCUCACGCCCAAUUGACGGGCUUAAUGCCAGCUUCACAAACUUUGGCUUUGCCCAGUCAGAGACAAACGCCCACCGCCCCGACACCGGCGUCACAUCAUGGCCUGACACUGCCUCAGUCCAUUCGCCCAACGACGACCGCCGCAGCGUAGCUAAUUCCGACCAUGUCACAUCGUCAAGCGGAGCUCCUUCGCGAAGCGGAAGCCUGCCACCCUCGCGACAUGGCGCCGAACCAACCCAGUUCAACCAAACCAUGGACGCUUUCUCGAGGCUCUCGCAAGCUCCGCGCCACGGCUCAUCCUUUUCUCUUGCCAACGGUCGCACCUUCCAAGAACGAAGUGGCUCAAUGCAGAGCGACUCAUUCCAAGCACUCGGCAGAAUCAACUACGAGCAAGAACCAGAGUCGCGCAUGGCCUCACACAGGGCUUCUAUGAGCACCACCAACAUUCCUUCGGCCUUUGCGUCUGGAGAGGAGCUUGGCGAAACUUUCAACGGCCACACCUAUCUGUCAAAUACGGGUAGGGUGGAUGCAGGGUCUUACACUCCGGAGACCUUCCCCAGCAGCCAACUCCGAUCCCACCAGUUCGACAACAGCCGAAAUGCCGUAAACAGCACCAGUGUUCGUCAGAGUCCCAUGUACUCCCACAGCAGCACACCGCUUGUGUAUGAUCGUCUGAAUCCCUACAGCAGCGAGCAAAACUUGGCCCACCCGAGCAAUGUCGCCCAACUGCAGAAUAAACUAGCUGGCUUCCAGCUGUCACAGCAGGGAAGGCGCAACUUCAUCCCGCCAAACCAACUUCAUCAGCAACAGUUCCAACACAUGUUCUCCACCGCCCAGCUACAGAACCCUUUCCAGUACCAGUUUGCCAUGUCCAAUGGCAUGCCUCUGUCUGCACUACCGCAGCACAUGAACAUGGCUCAGAUGAUGCCUAGCCAACAGCAGCCGCCCAGAGGACCCCGCGAACAAAACGCCGCCGAUGCACUAGGCGCCAUGAGCCCCGAGCUAGCGAAUUUCAAGAGGGAGCAGAAGCAGAGCAAGCGAUGGGAACUGACCGACAUCAAAGGCCACGUGGUUGAAUUUGCAGGAGAUCAGCACGGCUCCCGGUUCAUCCAGCAGAAGCUCGAAACCGCAAACAGCGAAGUCAAGGAAAGUGUCUUUAGGGAGCUCGAGGAGAACGCGCUUCAGCUCAUGCAAGAUGUCUUUGGCAACUAUGUCAUCCAAAAGUUCUUCGAGCACGGUGACCAGACUCAAAAGAAGAUUCUUGUUGGUAAGAUGAGGGGCCAUGUCCUGGAGCUCGCCAAUCAAAUGUACGCCUGUCGCGUAGUCCAAAAGGCCUUGGAACACGCCCUCACCGAGCAACAAGCAUCCAUGGUCAAGGAGCUUGAAAAGGAUGUGCUCAAAACUGUCAAGGACCAGAACGGCAAUCACGUCAUCCAAAAGGUUAUUGACCGAGUCCCGAUGCACCACAUCCAAAAGAUUGUUGAGGCUUUUAGGGGCAAUGUCGGUGUCUUGUCGGUAAACUCGUAUGGCUGCCGCGUCAUCCAACGACUGCUCGAGAAGGUGGAGGAGCCCCAGCGCAGGUUCAUACUUACUGAGCUUCACGCCGAGGGUCCAAAACUCAUUACCGACCAAUACGGAAACUACGUGACCCAACACGUCAUCGAGCAUGGCUUACCCGAGGACAGGGCCAAGAUUGUUGCUUUGAUCAAAGCACAGUUCUUGGUCUUUUCCAAGCACAAGUUUGCCAGCAACGUUGUUGAGAGAUGUCUGAUCUGCAGUGACGAUGCCCAACGCCGCGAGCUUGUGUCUGUUGUCUUGUCUAAGAAUGAGCGCGGUGAAAGCAAUGUCAUGAACUUGCUCAGGGAUGGUUACGGCAACUAUGUGAUCCAGAAGCUUUUGGAUACCCUUACUCGCGACGACUAUGAGAUGUUUGUUCAGUCACUCAAGCCAGAGCUUGAAAAGGCCAAGAAAGUUAUUCCCGGAAAACAGUGCGUAUCGGUUGAGAAGAAGAUGAACCGCUACGAUCGCAUAGACUCACCCACCAUGCCCACGCCUGCUCUCAGCAGCUCUACUCAGUCACCACUGAGCAGCACAAAUCCAAGCACCAGUGCAUCGACUGUUGAUGAGCCUGUCCCCAACAGAUCGUCUGACAGCAAGACCGGUGCAGCCGAUACUACUGGCGGCGUUAAAAUUGAGAACACCGGCUCUUAG